GGCAGAAGCAGAAAAGCUUCUCCUUCUUCUGCCCCCCUGCUUGCCCCGCCGGCGUCGUUGCAACGAUCGCAGCAGCGGCCUCCUCCCCCUCCCCCCACUCCCUACGCGUAUAAUUAGCAGGCGCAGCGCGGCGCGACGGGGCAACGGCCGACGGUGCCGAGGAAUAGGCAAGCGGACACCCUGUCCUCUUUUUCCCACCCUCCCCACCUCGCCUUCGCCCGUCACCGUCGCCCAAUUGCCCAAACGAUAUAGGCAGGCUGCCCGCUCCCGCGUUGCGUGGCGUGCUCGCUCGAGCUCUGAGCUUCUUUGGCCGGAGGCGGCGGCGGGAGGGGAGGAUCUGACUGAGCGCGGUCGCCGGCCGGUGACUGCCUGGAGCCGCGGCCCAGGAAGGAGCCGGGGGUCGCCCUCGCCCACUGCCGGCGGAACUCGGUCCCCGUCCCGGAGGAGGUCUAUCUGUGCCAUCUCUUUACAGCACUACAGAAUCCGUAGACUUUCAGUCCUCUGCUUCCUACAAAAUGUCAGUGCGGCGUCGCUCAGCAAGCAUGGAAGGGCUGUUAACGCUUGAUGACAGGAAAGAACGGAGGUCAGAUGUGGAGAAUUCAGAGGAUGAGAGAAGGCGGCUAUCCAUCGGGUCACUGAAGAAAAAGGCACUGAACGCAUCAAACAAGCUCACACAUUCACUCAAGAAGAGGGGGAAACGAAAGGUGGAGCAUCGGGCCUCAUCCUUCACAAUCGAAGAUGUCAGGGAUGAGCAAGAGGAACGUGCUGUCUUUUCCUUCCAGCAAGAACUUUUGAACAGGAACUUGCUACCUGACAAGCAUAAUGAUUAUCACUUGUUGCUGAGGUUUUUGAAGGCUAGAAAAUUUGACACCGAGAAGGCGAUCCAAAUGUGGUCUGAGAUGCUCCAGUGGAGAAAAGAGUUUGGAGCAGACACAAUACUAGAGGACUUUAAUUUUGAGGAGCUAGACGAGGUGCUAUGCUAUUAUCCUCAGGGCUACCAUGGAGUUGACAGGCAGGGAAGACCAGUAUACAUUGAGAGAUUAGGGAAAGUGGAACCAAACAAACUGAUGCACAUUACUACGGUUGACCGUUACAUGAAGUAUCAUGUGCAAGAAUUUGAGAGAGCCUUCAGGGACAGGUUUCCUGCAUGCUCUAUUGCAGCGAAAAGGCAUAUUGAUUCGACAACCACUAUACUAGAUGUCGAUGGCGUGGGUCUCAAGAACUUCAGCAAAACAGCAAGAGAUAUGUUAAGUAGAAUGCAGAAGAUUGACAGUGACUACUAUCCUGAGACACUGCAUCAGAUGUUUGUUGUGAAUGCUGGUAGUGGUUUCAAGCUACUAUGGAAUUCAGUGAAAGGUUUUCUGGACCCUAAAACUGCCUCAAAGAUACAUGUUUUGGGAACAAAGUUUCAGAAUAGACUUCUUGAAGUAAUAGAUGCAAGCCAACUUCCUGAAUUUUUGGGUGGAACAUGCACUUGUGCUGCUGAGGGAGGAUGUCUCAGGUCUAACAAAGGUCCAUGGAAUGAUCCAAAUGUCAUGAAGCUUGCACAUAACAAGGAAGCAAAAUUUACAAGACAUACCAGACGUUUAUCUGAGAUUGAGCAGAGAAGGAGUUCAUUUGCUAGACUACAUCUUUUGAAGGGUAGAAACAGUGACACGUCAACAGUGGAGUCAGGAUCUGACAUUGAUGAUCUAGGUUCUCCAAUGAUGAGAAACACAGUGGAGAGAAGCACAGUGGGGUGUAGUCGAUUGGCUCCAGUUCGUGAAGAGAUGCAGAUGAGAGCACGAGACUCUGCAGCUUAUUACAGUUGUGACGAUCACUUUGUUGUGGUGGACAAAACGGUUGACUAUGGUCGAGGAGGAUCAAUGUCAGAUAAAAGCAGCGCCUCAGAAGUAAGAGCUAAAGUUCGGCCACUGAAUACCAGCACAGCAGCACGUAUGGCAGGUCCCUCAAGGAAUAGACAAGGUACAGUAGUACCUAAAGAGGUUUCGGAUGAAGGAACAGUCCAUCGCUUCUUCAGAUUACUUCUGGCUUUGAUUGUCAAAGUCUUCGCCUUCUUCCACAUAGCAUAUGAUCAGCAGGAGACAAGGGUCAACAACCCACUACCUCCAGCUGAACCUGAACCGGUUUCUGAUGAUCAUCCGGCAGUAGAGACAUUCAGUGUAGACCGCAUCAGUCCUAUCAUCGAGCGCCUUCAGAGGCUUGAAGGGAAAGUCGAUGAGCUUGGCAGCAAGCCCCCAGGGAUUCCCCUAGAGAAAGAACGAUCCCUCUUGGAGUCGUGGGAUAGAAUAAAAUGUAUUGAGUCUGACCUGGAGCGAACAAAGAAGGUGCUGCAAGCUACAGUGAUGAAGCAACUGGAAAUUGCGGAAUCACUGGAGGAAGUGAUUCGGGCUAACCUUCGAAGACGAAGAUUCUGUGCAUAAUAAGAAAAUUACAGCUGCUGAAUUUAUGACAUCAUCGGGGGAUUGAGAAUUGAGGGUACAUGUCGCAGAGGAAGCGCAUGAAAAUUCGAUUGGUCAGGUGAAGGCCGUGCAUUUUGGUUUUCACAUUAUUGGCGCAAAGGACGAUGACUAUGGAUAGUCAAAACAGUCACUCCCCCUUUUUCAUAUUCUCUUGUAAUCGAAAGAGGCGUUCCCAUUUUUCAUGUUAAAAGAGAGAAAUUUUAGGAUGGAUGGCAAUGGUUAGAAAGGUAGAAAUGUGGAAAAUAGGUGGUACAGAUACGAGGCAGUGUGCCUGAACAAAUGUGCAUAUGGUGACAUACAUGCACGUUUGUGUUCUUUGCCAAAGAAUGGUGUGGUGUUAUAAACUUGUAGAAAGUAAGGAAAAUACUCUUCCAUCAGAGAUUGAGAAGGGGCCAAUUGCAAUUGUCACUUUGCUAUCUUUUCUAA